AUGCUGCCGAAAAACUCGGAAAUGUGUGCUUUUAUCGCUCUCAAAUCCUUAAGUUUCAACGUUCUUCUUGCCUGGACUGACUUCUGCCAUGUCUGGGUAUGUAAUCGGUCGAUGGCAAAUAUGAGUGAGUUGCUCAAAUUGGCGGCAAUAACUAGCGAGCCCCAAAUCGAAAUUAGAUGGCGUCAUCCGAUUCUAGCACUGUGCUUGGCGACGAUCUGUUUGCUCACAAUUGCUGGAAACUGCUUAGUUGUCAUUGCGGUUUGCACCAAAAAGUAUCUUCGAAAUCCAACUGGGUAUCUUAUCAUAUCAUUAGCAUUGGCUGAUUUGGUUGUUGGUUUAGUUGUGAUGCCUCUGAACUCCCUAUUUGAAAUGACUAACCAUGUUUGGCUAUUAGGACUUCCCAUGUGCGAUCAGUUUCACGCCAUGGAUAUUUUAGCUUCGACUGCUUCCAUUUGGAACCUUUGCGUUAUUAGCUUAGAUAGAUAUAUGGCAGGGCAAGAUCCGAUUGGAUAUCGUGACAAGGUUUCAAAGCGACGAAUCCUAUUAGCAAUCCUUCUCGUUUGGGUGCUCUCUGCGUUUUUAUCAUUUCCUGGAAUCAUCUGGUGGCGGACAAGCUCACCACAUCUCUAUAACGACUCGUCGCAAUGCUUGUUCACCGACAGCAAGAUGUAUGUAAGCUUCUCAUCGCUUGUAUCGUUUUACAUACCGCUCUGUCUAAUUCUGUUCGCUUAUGGAAAAGUGUUUUUAAUUGCUACGCGGCAUUCGAGAGGAAUGCGCAAAGGAAUCAAAACAGUCAGCCUGAAAGGAAAAAAUGGGAAACGCGCAAAUACUGAAACGGAAAGCAUAAUGUCUAGUGAGAACGAACCAACGUUGAGAGUUCAUUUUGGUCGCGGAAAGAAAUCAAGCUCGAGCAUGAGAUCCGGAAAGGGACGAGAUUCUACUAGACUUUUGCUCAAACAGGUCUCUUGCAAAUCUUUGAAUGAUCGUGCAGACAAUAACAACAGUGUUCGUCAGCCACUAUUACACAAAGAGACAUCCAAUGUUGAAUUGCUACCAUCUCCUGGACCAUUUCGUGUUCGUGCAGCCAACCUGAAUCGCAACAAAUCAACUCGACUACAAAUUGAGCCCAUGAAUGGAAUGUGCAACUCGUCGUCCGAAAUCACCAUCGCCUCAUCGGGCAAUUCAUCAUCGCGAAGAAAGUUGAACGUUCGCGAGAAAUCUCGCCAAAUGAUGCGUUAUGUGCACGAGCAGCGCGCCGCGCGUACCUUGUCGAUUGUCGUUGGGGCAUUCAUUCUCUGCUGGACACCGUUCUUUGUGUUUUCGCCGCUCACUGCGUUCUGCGAGGAUUGCUUCACCAAUAAGGAAACAAUUUUCACAAUUGUGACGUGGGCUGGACAUCUCAACUCAAUGCUGAAUCCAUUCAUCUAUUCACGCUUCUCACGAGAUUUCCGUCGAGCUUUCAAGCAGAUAUUGACAUGUCAGCGACAGCGAAAAGUGAAGACGGCGUUCAAAACGCCAUUAUCCUUGGUUUUCACGCAACUCAUCUCUGUCACCCAAAUGUGGGAGCAACCACCGAAUACUGUUAUCCAAUAA